AUGGAAGGAAAAAGCAUAACUGGAAACCUUCCUUCACUGUGUCUAGAUAUGGUAAUUGAAAGGCACACGUGUGUAGUGGAGACAGCCAACAGACCAUCUCAUUGCAGUGUAGUUUUAAACGAAGUAACCGUAGAGUUCUCAAGUAUAGGCAGCGAACAGAAGCUAAUCUUGUUUGGGUCGAGGAGAUUCUUCUUGGGUGGUCGGAAAGAGAACGGAGGACUGGUCAGAAGUGAGUCAUCAGAACGGAGGACUCGUCACAUUCCUGGCCUCCCAAAACUUCAGCAGCCGCACUCCGACGGUGGUGCUACAGCAAGCGAUUUUGAUCUCAUCAAGAAAGAGAGAGGAGUUAACCAUUCUUAG